GAGCCACAUGCGGCUCCAGAGCCGUGGAUUGCUGACGCCUGGCCUAGACUAAUCAGAAUUCUAAGAAGGGGAUAUGAAAUCGGUAUCUCUUUUGUUUCUGCGUUUGACAUCCACCAAUAUUUUAUCUUCUCUCCCUCUCUCGUCUGCAGUUAGCAAAUACCAGACACCUAAUCAGGUUAAAUGCUGCAAGGGUGGCAUUAUACUGCUUCGCAAUGCCCGGUCCUGCGAAGAGCGUGCCAAAAGGAUCCAGAACACUGAGUGCCGUGAAGUCUUCCUUGACUGUUGCCGCUAUGCUGCCAAACUACGUCGCCAGUCCUGGGGUUCGCAUGGUCUUGCAAGAGUUGACGAUGAAGAUGAAGAAGAUUAUUUUGAUGAUGACUUUAUCACACUGCGAAGAUUUUUCCCUGAGAGCUGGCUAUGGAAAACCUUCGUUGUGGAUAAAACCCUCACGGAACUAUUUCAUCUUCCCGAUUCCAUCACCACGUGGGAGAUCCAAGCGGUUAGCGUGUCUUUGGCAAAAGGUAAAUAUCGAUGAUUUCUGCUUGUUCAG